AUGGCCACCGACCAAAACAUGAGUAGCUGGACCGAUCUGCUCCACUCCUCCACCAAGCUUCUCGAACAAGCCGCUCCUUCCGCGCAGUUCCCUCCUCUACAGAGAAAUUUGGAUCAGUUAGAAACAUUAUCGAAGAAACUCAAGGCGAAAACUUUACGAACUGAGACUCCUCAACAAUCCAUUGCUGCCACGAGGCUUCUUGCACGUGAGGGACUAAAUGCGGAGCAGCUUGCACGUGACCUUAAGUCCUUUGAAUUGAAGACAACCUUUGAAGAUGUUUUUCCGUCUGAAGCUACAACUGUCGAAGAGUAUCUGCAGCAGGUCCAUCAAAUGACAAUGGUCUCAGCUCUUCAAGAAGCUCAGAAGGAUAACCUCAGAAGUUUUAAUGAUUACAUGUUAAAAGUUUUGGAGGAGGAUUGGCAGAAAGAAAAACGUGAUUUCCUUCAAAGCCUAAGUCAGAUUUCAACAUUACCCAGGACUAACAUGACUUAUACUACCAGCGCUGGUAGUCGUUCUGGUCAAAUAGCGUCCAUAACUUCUAGCCCUCAAGUUUCAUCUACUCCAUCUAGUAUGGAGCUUGAACCUUUAGCUAGCAAGCCCAUCCUUGAGAAGAAAACAUCUGUCUAUGCUGAAGUUGUUAAAAAUCUGAAUAAUGCAAGACAGCGUGGAUUACCGUUUAAACCUGCUUCAGCUUUCAAGGGUGCUUAUGAGAGUUUAGGCCUUGAUGCAUCUGGUGGAAAAUCAGUUAACAUGCAGAAGAUAUGGCACCUUCUUCAGACAUUAAUGGGCGAAGAUAUAACCAUACAACGGGGUGCUUCAAAACGGAUGUCAUUAGUUAUUGGGGCAAGGCGCCACCUGGAAUGGGGGCAUGAAAAGUACAUCAUGGAUACAAUCCAAAGUCAUCCUGCGCAGGCAGCCCUCGGAGGAGUUGUUGGAAAUUUACAAAGAAUUCGUGCCUUUCUUCGGAUUCGUUUAAGAGAUUAUGGAGUUCUAGAUUUUGAUGCAGGUGAUGCUCGUAGGCAGCCUCCUGUUGAUACCACUUGGCAGCAGAUCUACUUUUGCUUGAGAACUGGGUAUUAUGAUGAAGCAAGAGCUGUUGCUCUGUCAUCUCGCGCGUCAAACCAGUUUGCUCCUCUGCUUACUGAGUGGAUUAAUACUGGAGGUAUGGUGCCUGUGGAGAUUGCAGCUGCUGCAUCAGAAGAAUGUGAAAAAAUGUUAAGAACGGGUGAUCGUGUGGGCCGAGCUGCAUAUGACAAGAAAAAGUUGUUACUAUAUGCUCUCAUAUCUGGUUCUCGUAGGCAAAUCGACCGCCUACUAAGAGAUCUACCAACUCUUUUUAACACCAUAGAGGAUUUCUUGUGGUUCAAAUUGUCAGCUGUAAGAGACUGCCCUGGUGGAGCUGCACCCAUUGUCAUGAAUGAGAGCUUGGUACCAUACACUUUGGAUGAUUUGCAGAUUUACUUGAACAAAUUUGACCCCUCAUACUAUACAAAAAAUGGGAAGGACCCUCUGGUGUACCCAUAUGUUUUGCUUUUAAGCAUCCAGUUGAUACCAGGUGUGGUAUACUUGUCCAAGGAAACUGGAGAUGAAGGAUAUAACAUUGAUGCUGCCCACAUAUCAAUUGUGCUAGCAGACCAUGGGGUCCUUUCUGAAGGAGCUGGGGCUGGACAGAAAAUGGGCGUGAUGGAUGCUUACGCAGAGGCAUCUAGCAUAAUCAGGCAGUAUGGGUCUGUGUAUUUACGUCUUGGUAAUCUUCAGAUGGCAUUAGAAUAUUAUGCACAAGCUGCUGCUGCAGUCGGUGGUGGGCAGUUGUCAUGGUCUGGAAGAGGUAAUGUGGAUCAGCAAAGGCAGAGAAAUUUGAUGCUGAAGCAGCUCCUUACAGAACUGUUGUUACGGGAUGGGGGCAUCUAUCUUUUACUUGGUUCAAGAGGUGCUGGAGAAGAAGGUGAAUUGGGGCGAUUUUUGACUGAUGUAAAAGAGAGACAACAAUUUCUGCUUGAAGCUGCUCACCAAUGUCAGGAAGCUGGAUUGUAUGAAAAGUCUAUAGAAAUUCAGAAACGAAUAGGGGCAUUCUCGAUGGCAUUGGAUACGAUUAACAAGUGCCUUUCUGAAGCUAUUUGUGCCGUCUCACGUGGUAGAUUGGAUGGUGAGAGUCGAACUGCUGGUCUCAUUCACUCUGGAAAUGAGAUCUUGGAGAUGCACAAAUAUUAUCCUGAAAUCAGUCCUCAAGAGAGGGAAAGUGUUUCAGAGCAGCAUAUUGUGUUAAGACAACUUGAGGCCGUACUGUCAAUCCAUAAAUUGGCAAGAGGAGGCCAUUAUGCUGAUGCUUUGAGGGAGGUUGCCAGACUUCCAUUUCUUCCAUUAGAUCCUCGGACACCAGAUGCUACCACUGAUGCGUUCCAGAAUUUAUCUCCUCAUGUCCAAGCCUGUGUUCCGGACCUCCUGAAGGUUGCACUCACUUGUCUGGACAACAUGGUGGAUUCUGAUGGAUCGCUUCGCGCCUUGAGGGCUAAGAUUGCUAGCUUCAUUGCAAAUAAUUCCAGCAGGAAUUGGCCUCGCGAUUUGUAUGAGAAAGUUGCCCGGAGCUUUUAA